AUGGAAAAGAGAACUCGUGCUGCAGGACUGCCCGCUGGACGCAAAAACGCUUUUUUGCAGUAUUAUAAUGAACAUUAUUAUCUAGUUGAGAAUUUCGGCUAUCGCAUAGUGGCUGAAGUGGACCGUGCAACGUUUUUCAAUGCGAGUACAGAGACAGACUCUCUAGAGGGAAAUGGAAAUGACAAGGUACGACUCGUCUUCAAAGAACCAUGGAGAGACGAAGCUUUGGGCGCUCACAUCGGCUUCUAA